GCCCGCUGUCCCCAGGCGAGGAAUAACCCCGCGGCGGGGGCGGGCGGCUGAGGGCCGGGCUCGCUCGCUCCUGCCUCGCCAGCCGCAGCCGCGGCGUCCCUGCUGCACCGCUCUAGGUGGCCUUUGCCUGAGGCCCGCGGGCUGGGCUCUGCAGCGGGCGGGGGUGAAAGGGCUGCUGAGGUGGAGGAGGGGGGGGGGCCGCCCCCGUAAAGAGCGUGGGCUGGGGCUGGUCGUGUCACUGCCCGUGGGCGGGCUUCAGCCUCCCAAGCGGAGGUUGACCAGGCGGCCCUCCAGCGCCGGGGGCCCAGCGAGCUGUGGCUCUGCCCCCCUCUGCGGGCCGGGGUGCUCCGAAGUGACUGUGCUCCCUGGGGCGGCGGGAGCGGCCGCCGGGCGGGUGGACCCUGAGCGCAGGGGGCUCCUGCCUCGGAGCGGAAAUUGUGGUGAGCCGCUACACGCCCGCAUAGACCCUGCCGGAGUGACCCGUCGUCCGUCCACGAGCAGCCAGAGGCUCUCCCCCGGUCAGAGAUUCACCAAACAAAUGUCCUUGAAGAUGGACUCAGCUCCAACUCCAAUAAACCCUGAAGUUACUUGCUCUUUCCUAAAUAUUAGCUUUUGUUCAGCCCUCCUGAUAUCUGAAAAAUAUUUCCUCAAAGACAGAUCUCUAUUUUAACCAUUGAUCUACCACAGCCAUCUGCAGACAUUUCUCCAUAGCCUUUUUCUGGCAGGCAAGAUGAAAAAAUGGCAACAAUCAAAGCGUUAACAGGAAGACUUUUUAGCUCUUCUUCCUCCCACUUCAUGUUUGUCAGGGAUGGCAUGCAACGACACUUCCAUAGACAGUGAUGUUGCUCUCAAUCAGAGUACCCCAUCCAUAGGCUCCAGUUACAUAGCUCUGCCUGCCCCAUUCAAGAUAUUGUUGGUAAUAAUAAUGGUAUUCAUGAUUGCUGUUGGAUUUUUUGGAAAUGCCAUUGUCUGCCUCAUUGUCUACCAGAAGGCAGCCAUGCGUUCAGCUAUCAACCUACUGUUAGCAACUUUGGCCUUUUCUGACAUCAUGAUGUCUUUGCUCUGCAUGCCUUUCACUGCAGUUACAAUUAUUACAGUGAACUGGAACUUCGGAGCUCACUUCUGUCGGAUAUCAGCUAUGCUUUAUUGGUUAUUUGUCUUGGAAGGAGUCUCUAUACUCUUGAUCAUUAGUGUGGACCGUUUCUUAAUUAUCGUUCAGCGGCAAGACAAGCUGAACCCUCACCGUGCCAAAGUCAUCAUCGCCAUGUCCUGGGCACUGUCCUUUUGCAUUUCCUUUCCUUCAGUGAUUGGAUGGACAUUUGUGGAAGUACCAGCCCGGGCUCCCCAGUGUGUUCUGGGGUACACUGAAUUUCCUGCUGACCGAGCUUAUGCCGUGAUGCUAGUUGUGGCAGUUUUCUUCAUCCCUUUCAGUGUCAUGCUGUAUUCUUACCUUUGCAUUCUAAAUACGGUGCGGCGCAAUGCCCUUAGGAUCCACAACCAUGCUGAGAGCCUUUGCUUGAGCCAGGUGAGCAAACUAAGCCUCAUGGGAUUACAGAAGCCUCAGCAGAUGAAUGUGGACAUGAGCUUCAAAACCAGAGCCUUCACUACAAUUCUCAUUCUGUUCAUUGGCUUUUCACUCUGCUGGCUUCCACACACUGUGUUCAGCUUGCUCUCUGUGUUUAGCAGACAGUUCUACUACAGCCCUUCUUUCUACAUCACCAGCACCUACAUCUUGUGGCUGAGUUACCUCAAGUCAGUGUUUAACCCUGUCGUCUACUGUUGGAGAAUCAAGAAAUUCCGUGAGGCCUGCAUGGAGUUCAUGCCUAAAACAUUCAAGAUCCUUCCUAAAGUGCCUGGACGAACAAAGAGGAGAAUCCAGCCAAGUACAAUAUACAUCUGUAGUGAGACCCAGUCAGCUGUUUAGGAAGAAGCUGUGGGCCAGUGAGGGAAAAGUUAUGAAAGGACUGGUUAAAGUGGCAAUAGUUCAUUUCUACUAUUUACUUUCUGCAGUUGUCACAAAUCUUUAAAAGGAUGCUGUGCUCCAUUGUUGUGUGUGUUAAGAUUGUAUUUCUAACUUCCCCAAGCUUACAAAUAACUCAUUAGUAUUGCUUCAGUUAAAACCACUUGGGGCAAUAAUGUUGCAAUACUUGGUGCCAUGUAAAAAUGUCACUUGUGACCAAAAAUAUAGUCUGUCUAACUGUAUUGUUAACAGCUGAAAGCCUGUAUCCUCCUUUUUUUUUAAAAAAUAUGACUUAUUUUCAUCACCCAGUUCAAGUGGGGGGAAAAAUACAAAAAAAAUAAAAAUGUAGGAGAGUCUAAGUCUGGAGUACCAAGCUCUGGAAGAAAAAAAAAGUUUUUAAUUCUGCUCGUUGCCAAAUCACUGCAGAAUUAGAAUCCUCAUCAUCCUGUGAAUCUUCCUGUGCAAUGAGACACUGAGAUGGUAACCAUUGUUUUGUACAGUGGUGUAAUUGAAAUGUCAGAUUGAGUCUGUUCAUCUUGGGUUGUCUUAAGUGUUCACAAAUACACACACCAAUACCUCUAGAAGCUGGUACUACAUGAGGUGCAUAUGGCCACUAAUACAUUUUUAUAUUGUGACAAUGACUAACAGUUGUGUAGCUCUUCAUUUUUUAAAAUAGCCAUAGCUGUCAUGUCCUGUGCAGCUCCCCAAGCGAGAUUUUUCAUGAAGGAGCUUUAUCUGACUGUGCUUGUCUUCUGUUACCUAAUUCGUUCAUUGACACUUGUAUAUACGCUUUCCAUCAAAGAAUCUUAAUAUAACACAUACCUGUGAGAUGGCUCUUACCUCCAUUUUACAGAUGAGAAACUGAGGCACAUAAAGGAGGUCUCAGGGGACACGCCACUCUAUUGCAGAUCAGAAAUAGAGUGCUGAAGUCCUGGCUUCCAAUCUCAUGCAUUGAUCUGUAGGUUAUCCUUCUUUUAUUUCUAUCUUCAGCAUUCUCUCCUCUCUUGGUUACAUAUGCUCAUUUCCUUUUGUGUUCAUCACUCUUGUUCGACCUAGUUCUUUCUCCGCCUGCAGAGGCCUUUGUUUUCCAGUUCUACCUUCCCAACAUUUUCCUUGUCACUGCCCUCUGGUCCUGUCCUACUUCCCCAGUUUGUCAAGCUGUAUCCUGUAUCUCACCCCAGGAGUGGUCCCUCCACACAUGCCAUGCGUGUUAUCUCUCCGAGAUCCUGUCCCUUGUGUAGGGAAUGUGGUGGUGGUACAUAUGCCUCUUGGCCCUAAACAGCAACAAGAGGUAGAUGCUCAAGAGAACCCAUAUGAAGCAUCCAGUGCUGGUUAGCUUUUCCUUCGUGCUGCCUGCUGCAAUAUGCUGCUCUGAGGGAUCGAGAGAGCAGUGAGAAAAAGGAAAAAAGUCUGGACUCCCUCACAAUAGGAGGAGGAACAGCAAGGGAAACCUUAUUUAGUCCACAUGACCCUGUUUAUGCAUAUCAGCUGUUAUGUAUGACAGUAACAGCUGGGGCAGAUGCAUGAUUGUCAUGCCAGCAGUGGCCUUUAAAUUGCUUAGACUUGGUGCACUCAAGUUAGUUUGCAGUAACCUGUUUUGUUAAAGAUUCAAAUGCACAAACUAAACUGCUCUAAAGCAGUCCCAUUCAAUGCUACCAGUCCAUGCAGUCAGACCAGCAUUGUCUCAUGAACAAAAGCUGCUGAGAGAGCAAACAGGCUGUAUGGAAAACUGCCUAGUAUUCCUGUUUCUUACAACCUAAAGCCAGCUCCCCCAUGUUAGGUACAUAACUAGGAUUGGCAGAUAUUUUUUUAAAAAUCCCAUUUUCCUCACAGGGAGUUGUUCUGCCAUCAUCUUUUCCCCCCCCACAAAAGAACAAUUUAAGACUUGGUACAAUAAUUCAAGAAAACAUCUGACAUUGAGGGAUCUAUUGAUCAAUGAUCAAACUUCAGUGGAAAACUAAAGAAUGGAAAACCUUGUGGUACAACCUUAGUUAUAGAAAGACUAUAAAGUUACUACUAACUAAAAUCGGUGGGAGUCAGGCCAACCACAGGGUCUCUCAGCUCUAGUACAGAGGUGCCCCUUCCUGUAUCCCCUCUCGCGGGGAAGGUUGCAUCAGUACUGAGAAACAAUUAGAUAGUUACAAUAAAGUAGCUGCGAUGUCUAAUUUCAGGGAGGCUGUACAGUUAAAAAAAAAAUUCAAUUACCAUCCCGUUAGAGUGGAGGAUAUGUUUAAAAUCUAUAUCUAAUUAAAACUACAGUUUUGAAGAAAAGUAGAGUACUCCAAAUUAUCUGAACAUCAUUCUAACAUAGGGGUUAAUGUUAAAGUAUAAUAGCUGAUGGCCUGGAAAGCAAAAAAUAUGAUUAACCUCACACUUUUUGCUAGAUAGCACAGCCAAAGCUACUCUAUAGUUGGAUGCAAAUGCAAUACCCAAAAUUUGCAUGGCCAGACCAGUUCCAGCUGUCAAAAACAAGUUAAGGACAAAUGCUAAGGUCUUUUGGAGCCAGUGGCCUUUUCCAAAUGCACAUCAUAUAAGUAGCAAGCAAUGAUAUGAAAUAACAAUCACAUUGAUCCUGUCAGCACACUGAACUGCAAUGCUGAUCUAUAAUGAUGUGAUUGAGCAAACUGUAGAUUGAUAGCAUCUAUGAAUUUGGCUCACAGGACAAGCUAUUAAAGGUGACAUCCACAGCUUUGAGGACAUUUGGCUGACUGAUUUGAAAAUGCUGAGGCAUGCAUGUACAUAAUGCAACUGCAGUUGCAGUUUCUUCCUGAAAAGUUACACUUUCUAUGGUUAGGAAGACAGAGCUACUUUCAUGUGUCUGUAAUAUCCCUCCUCCCUAGGUCUGUGGGGAUAGACAUAGGACUUUCAACAUCAAAGCAAUUGUGCCACCAUUUGAGCUAAAGCAGUGACUAGCAGAUGCCUGCUCUCUCAUGACCAUCAAGAUAGGGAUAUGUUACAGCUAAUGUCAUCCUAAAGACAAUCUUUUUAAAGGGAUGCAUUGUGAUGAGGUUUCAGAGUAGCAGCCCUGUUAGUCUCUAUCCGCUGUUCCUCAGACGUUCUUGUCAACUGCUGGAAAUGGCCCACCUUGAUUAUCACUACAAAAGGUUCCCC